UGUGUUUAUUAUCAAUAUCUUUCCAGUUAUUCACUAAAUUAAUUUGAUUUAUCUUCAUACAAAGCAUCAUAUACAGUACAAAACUCUUUGGAAAAUACGUAUAAAGGAAGCAGCAAUUGGGUAGAAUUAGGAAAAUACAAUUUCUAAAUAUAUCCAGUUCCACUGGCUACCUCUUUUGUUACUUAUCUUCAAGCCAAUCCCCUUUAGUUACUUAUCUUCAAGCCAAUCUAGCGUUUUCCUUGGAAACAAAAAGGAAAAAGAAAAAAAAAAAGGAAAAAACAAACUGUGUAGGGAACUGAUGGAGCAAGAAAUGGGAGAGAUGGACGAAGGCGAAGGGUGGACAAUAACAAGAACAAUUAAAAAGAAAGAUUUGAAAAAAAUGGAUGAGCAACUCGAUCUGCUAUGGGCAAUGGGAGAGCUUAAAGAAAGAGAAAAGGUGGAAAAGGGACUGCUCUCAAACUCAAACUCAAACCAAGAAGAAUGGGAAAUUAAUCCCAAUAACAUCAUAUUUAAAGCAUUGGUGAGCAAAGGCACUUCCGUAGAAAUCUUCAGAGGUUUUUAUGACGAUCAAGACGUUACAGUGAAAGUGUUUGAUUGGAGGGAAAAGAUCCAAAACCCAAACAAUUUACCUAUGAUCAUGAGCCUAUUCAAGGAGGAGAUUUCUUUUUGGUACACGAUUGAUCAUCCUAAUAUUAUUAAGUUAAUAGGUGCCAAAAUCGAUGAACCAGAAAUUAUUUUACGAGGAGAUAAUCAUGAAAUUCGGGUGUUUAGUAAUAUGACUUAUGUUGUUGUCGAGUAUCUCUCCGGAGGUACCCUUAAAUCUUUUCUUUCAAAGAAUCGAGAAAACAAGUUGGCUUUGAAGACUGUCAUUCAUCUAGCACUGCACCUUGCAAGAGGGUUGGCUUAUCUUCACUCUUGGAAACUUAUUCAUGGAAAUGUCAAGCCAGAAAACAUGCUUCUUGAUAAAAAUUUCAAACUGAAAAUAACCGACUUUGGUACAUGUAAUGUGGAAAUUUCAAGUCAUGAAGAGGUAACAAGUGACAGUGCCACUGACACAAUUAGUUACAUGGCUCCUGAGGUCAUCAAUUCUAAACCAUAUGAUCGAAAAUGCGAUGUAUAUAGUUUUGGAAUUUGUUUAUGGGAAAUCUACUGCUGUGACAUGCCUUAUCCAAAUAUUGGUUUUUCAGAAUUGACUUCAGCUAUUCUUUAUGAGAACAUGAGACCCGAAAUACCCAAACAUUGUCCAGAAGCUUUAGCAAAUUUGAUGAAGCAGUGUUGGGAUACAGAUCCUAGUAAAAGACCAGAGAUGGAAGAAGUGGUUUGGAUGCUAGAGGCCAUCGACACAUCAAAGGGUAAAAAGGUUAAAUGGCUUGAUGUCCAAAGCUGUUUUUGCAUUCGCAAAUAGGAAAAGUUUUGAAAUGAGCUAAUUACAAAAAGGUCAAGUCUCCUUUAAAAGCACUUGUGCAUAAU